AGGGGAGGGCUAAAAGACAGGAACUGGGCCCACAUGUGAGCUUACCGUGCCGGCUUGCAGCUCACAUUACCUGACAGCUAAUCUCGCACCGACGGUGUUUCUCCGGGACAGUCUGUCACAGGCAGAACCGACUGGACCAUGGCCUUCUUAGGGAGAGCAGUCCGGCGGAUGGCGUCAGCAGUGCGGCCUCCUGUGUCUCCCUUGUGCAGGACGACCGUUCGUUCCUACAGCUCAGAGCCCACCAAGGAAAAAAGUGUUCCCUACGAGAAGACCCUCAAACAGGAGGAUGGAGCCUCCUCUGGACCCACUAAACCUUUACCGAGGUCAGCGGAUGUCGUGGUGGUCGGGGGAGGCAGUCUGGGCUGUCAGACCGUCUACCACCUGGCUAAAAUGGGGAUGACCAACGUAGUCCUGCUGGAGAGAGACAGACUGACUGCUGGCACCACGUGGCACACCGCAGGCCUGCUGUGGCAGCUCCGACCCAGCGAUGUUGAGGUAGAGCUCUUGGCCCACACCAGGAAUGUGAUCAGCAAAGACCUGGAGGAGGAGACGGGUCUCCACACAGGCUGGAUCCAAAAUGGAGGACUCUUCAUUGCCUCAAAUAAGCAGAGGCUGGACGAGUACAAGCGCCUCAUGUCGCUGGGUAAAGUUUAUGGUAUCGAGUCUCACGUCCUGUCACCUGCGGAGACCAAGGACCUGUAUCCUCUGAUGAACGUAGAUGAUCUGUAUGGAACCCUGUAUGUACCAAAGGAUGGCACCAUGGACCCAGCAGGCACCUGCACCACCCUGACCAGAGCUGCCUCUGCCAGGGGAGCCACGGUGAUUGAGAACUGCCCUGUGACUGGUAUCCAAGUUCAGACAGAUGAUUUCGGCAUUAAGAAGGUGAAGGCUGUUGAGACCCCUCAUGGGACUAUUGAGACGCCUUGUGUGGUGAACUGUGCAGGUGCGUGGGCCACCAAACUGGGAAAAAUGGCCGGAGUCAAGGUGCCUCUUGUUGCCAUGCAUCAUGCCUAUGUGGUGACAGAGAGAAUCGAAGGCAUACAGAACAUGCCAAAUGUCAGGGACCAUGAUGCAUCAGUGUACCUGCGCCUCCAAGGUGACGCCUUGUCUGUAGGUGGUUAUGAACACAACCCCAUCUUCUGGGAUGAGGUGUCUGAUAAGUUUGCCUUCAGCCUGUUUGACCUGGACUGGGAUGUAUUCAUGACACAUAUUGAGGGUGCAAUCAACAGAGUUCCUGUUCUGGAGCAGACAGGCAUCAAGUCCACUGUCUGUGGGCCAGAAUCAUUCACAGCAGACCAUAAGCCGCUGAUGGGCGAAGCCCCAGAGGUCAGAGGUUUCUUCCUUGGCUGUGGCUUCAACAGUGCUGGUAUGAUGCUGGGCGGCGGUUGUGGCCGAGAGCUGGCUCACUGGAUCAUACACGGCCGCCCUGAGAAGGAUAUGUACGGUUACGACAUCAGACGUUUCCAUAACUCGCUGACAGACAACCAGCGCUGGAUCAGAGAGAGGAGCCAUGAGUCGUAUGCUAAAAACUACUCUGUGGUGUUCCCCUUUGAUGAGCCACUGGCUAGCCGAAACAUGAGGAAGGACCCUUUUCAUCAGGUGCUGAUGGAGCAGGGCUGUGUGUUUCAGGAGAGACAUGGCUGGGAAAGACCCGGCUGGUUCAACAAAGAUGGGCCUGCUACUGUUAAAGACUACGAUUACUAUGGGGCUUAUGACAUUAAGAAGAAUACGAACUACAAAUACAAAGAAUUGUUGGGCAGAGAGUACACCUUUGACUUCCCUCCACAUCAUGACGUGAUCAAGAGGGAGUGCCUCUCAUGUAGACACGAUGUGGCCGUGUUUGACAUGUCCUACUUUGGAAAGUUCUAUCUCACCGGACCAGAUGCCAAGAAGGCGGCUGAUUGGCUGUUCACUGCUGAUGUCAACAAAAAGCCAGGCUCCACUGUGUAUACCUGCAUGCUGAAUAAGAGAGGAGGGGCGGAGGCUGACCUGACAGUGAGCAGACUGGAGCCUGGUGCUGCCAACUCGCCCCUGGCACCACAGUCCAGCGGUGAUGCAUACUACCUGGCAAUCGGAGGUGGUGUAGCAGAACACAACUGGAAUCACAUUAGAACAGUUCUUCAGGACCAAGGCUUCCGCUGCCAGCUGACGGACCACUCGGAGGACAUGGGGAUGAUCAGCAUCCAGGGACCAAAGAGUCGAGAGGUACUUCAGGAGGUGCUGGACACAGACCUGAGCAACGAAGCUUUCCCCUUCUCUACCCACAAAGUUGUCAACGCAGCGGGGCAUCAGGUGCGGGCUAUGCGCCUGUCGUUUGUCGGGGAGCUUGGCUGGGAGCUGCACAUUCCCAGAGACUCUUGCCUCCCAGUCUACCGUGCUGUCAUGGCUGCUGGCGCAAAACACGGCAUCAUCAACUCAGGCUACAGGGCCAUCGACUCACUCAGCAUAGAGAAAGGGUACAGACAUUGGCACGCUGACCUUCGCCCAGAUGACACGCCCUUGGAGGCGGGGCUAGCAUUCACCUGCAAACUGAAGAGUUCGAUCCCGUUCCAGGGCCGCGAUAGGCUGGAGAAACAGAAGGAGGAGGGGCUGAAGAGACGCAUCGUCUGCUUCACCAUUGAUGAGAAAGUGCCAAUGUUCGGUCUUGAGGCCAUUUUCCGUAACGGCGUUCCAGUUGGUCACCUGCGGCGUUCUGACUAUGGCUUCUUUAUCGACAAAACUGUCGGUUAUGGAUAUAUCCGCAACCCUGAAGGAGAAGUGGUGAGUGCCGAUUUCAUCAAGAGCGGCGAGUUUACCCUGGAGAGGAUGGGAGUGACCUACAAGGCCAAGGCCCACCUUAAAUCUCCGUUUGACCCUGAGAAUAAACGCGUCAAGGGCAUCUAUGCUUGAGAAGGAUCGCAUGUGAAAGAACUCUGGUUGGAGGAAACAAGGCCGAGAGGUUGUUUUUUUGUUGUUUGUUUGUUUGUUUUUUGGCCAACAUGCAAUCGAUGUUGUUUUAGUCUUCUCUGUGAAACAGAAAUACCAGGUAUCUCAGAUGUUGAAAGUCUAAUUCGUAUUAUGUCUGUAGUUUGAUAGAAAUGGAGGGGAUGUAAUUCAACUUUAAAAUUCUUCCAUUUAUGGUCUAAACUCUGUAUAAAGAUAUGAAGGUAGUAGAAGUACAGAUUAAAAUCAGUUUUGUUCAUAAGCGCCACAUUUUUAAAACAUUUUUGAAACUUAAACUCCGCACUCAUGUGAAGCCAUGAGGUUGCAUGCGUGAUAUAAUGAAAAUGGUGCUAACGCAAACACUAGAUAACUCAGGACAUCUAAAUCUAAUAGUAUGAAGAAUUAGCAGCUGGCAUAGCAGUGGACCUGAGCACAGUAUUAUAGUUGUGAUGGAAGUGUUUUCUACCACGCACAUACAGCUGUUGCCCUCUGCAACCAAAGUACUGAUAAUUGGAUUAAAAUUAAAGUUAGAGAUGCAUUUGUAUAUAAAGUAAAUGCCAUCAAAAUCCCCAAAUAUAAGAGUUACACCAUUACUUCUGAUUUUGUACUUGUAGUGCACAACAUUAUAUUAUGUUGUAGCACUGUAAUGUUGAGUGAGCCCACAGAGUACUGUAUUAGGGAAUAAAAUUAUUGUCAAACUUCACACUAGCCCUCCAGGCAGUUUGAGUCGGAUUACAGUGAGUGAUGUUUGUGCCGAUAACAAUGACUAAAAAACAGAGUUUAACGUGCUUGUGCUGUAUCUAAAUCUUAGGCAUACAGCUCGAGUGUUUAUCAGGGUUGGGGAGAAAAACAGCUGGAGGCGUUUCAUACCAGCCGGGGAAAAAAACACUUCUGGAGAAAAAUGACAGAAAAAGACAAGAGUUAUCAGAAAGCAGCUGUUACAGAUAGAGCUGCUUGUUUUCUGAUUUGCCCUUCCACUGCUGUGCUCUGCGGUGAUAAACUGCUAUUGCUGCUGUUUAUACACUUUAUUCUCUCAGUGUUUUGUGCUUUAUAGCAAAGCUUCUGUUUCUACUGUGAAGCCUCCACAGGGGGCACUAAGCGACAACACCUUAACAAAAAAAAACCCAAAAAAAACACCUUGGCCUCAUUAAUUAAUACUUUAUAUUAUUAAGGGGGGGUUUAAAGAGGGAGUCCUUAAUUUGAGCAUUUACAUGGUUGACACAUUGUCUCUCUAUGCAUAAAAACUAAGCUAACAGCUAACAGCUUCUAGUUUCUUUUUAGAGAAGUCAUGGUUGUUGCAAUGAAUAAGUCUUAAUAACCUUUUAGUUUUAAGGAAAAACUGUGUGCACUUAAAGUGCAACAAAACAAAUCACCUCAAUUAGCACUUUGACAGCUUACAACUGAUUCAUGUGCAGUAAUAAAAAACAAUUUAGCCUUAACAGAGAAUCUGAUUAUUAAUUACAUUUUCCCUCUGUGUUUACAUCCACUUACACAGUUUAGGCCAAACAGUAACCAAAGUCACACACAGUGUGUGUGAACAGCAGCCAAAAGUGUGUGGAAGCAGAGGAAGCCAUUUGUAUGUAUAGCCACUACUUGCCUCUCAGAUGUGUGUUGCUGCACAUUCAGCACAAAAUGUUUACUAAUGUGGAAUGAUUCAUUGAUUCUGCUCAGAAGGCCAUUAAUCAUUGGAAUGGUUGUUCUCCGUAUUGGUUUGGGUUAAUAACAAGAUUUAUAUGGGAAAUGUGAAACAGACUGAUAAAACACUAUCACUACUGGUCCUCUAUCACAAUAUGUCCAGAAUUUAUAGAAUUCUUCUUCUAUCCAUAAAGUGAAUAUUACUUAAAGUUAACAGCAGAAAGUAUAAAUUCUUUUAAAUAUGGUUAUUGAAAUUGUUUAUCUUCUCGCUGUUGUCUGAAAGGGACAGUACAGUCAAAAUCAAACACAUACUUUUUUUUUCUCUUACACGUUGUAAUAUUUAUCCAUCUACACUGUUAUGGUUUGGGUUCCCAGUUGGUUUUAGUGCCAAAGAAAUCCAUACAGAAACUCAACAGCAAUCAUGGUCUGAUUAUUCAGGAUGAUCCACAAAUCUUAUGAGCAGUUCCAUGUAGGUAAUUUGUUUAUUCUUCAGAACUACACUGUAUCACUAAGCCAAAGUAACCAUACAUCUUCUGACCUGAUGGUGAUAUAAGCUACCUUCCUUAGCUUAGUUAGCUAGCCUAAACUAAAAUAGUUCCUACAUGAAACUGAUCAAAACAAGGCAUGAGUAACCAGGUCAUGAUUUCUGGAAAGAGACAUUGCUGAGGAGUUUUUAAAUGAUGCGAAAUGCUAUCUCGUUCCAUUAUGUUUCAGAGAAAGCAGACAUCUCUACAGCUGAUAAAACAGUCAGGAUGGAUAAAUAUCGUUACAGGUAAUAGGGAAAAUACGUACUUUUGAUUCAGGAGUGAACUGUCCCUUUAAGAAUAUUUUUUGACCAGUACAGAGAACAAAAAUGACCUGUGGAAGGACGUUAAUUAAUGAUUCUGUCCAAAUUCAUGUAUGAAUGAAUAAAUUCCAUUUAACUGUU